AUGCUCCCAAUUUACGAUGCUUCAACUUAUUUCCAAUUCGUUCUCAAUAAUUACUUGGCUGCCAAUGCUCCUCAUCCAGUCGGCCCUCUAUCUGGUCUGGCGCCCUCUCUUCCAUUCCCUCAAACCUUUAUACCUGCUCCUCCCGCUCCAACUCUCAUGGCUCAGACUCCAAAUACUCCAUUCCCAGCACCAUUACCAAAUCAGCCUGUUGCCUUUGGACCCCUCGGCGACCCAGCAAACGAAGCUAAUUCAUUUCGGCCUAUCAUAACGGAUACCUUCAAAAAGCUUCGAUCCCCAGAAAUAAUAAAUAAUAGAGUUCAGUUCACUAGCAAUCUGGUUGGCUUCUUGAUAUGUUAUCAUCUUCGGAGCAUUGGUGCUCAAUCAAUCCUUCAAAUGGAAUUGAAUACGGAGCUCUGCAAGACGCUCUCCGCCGUCUUUGACCAGCAACAGGUUAGACACAAUGAAUUUUCAUUCUCAAAUGUUGGAACAGAGUCAUUGGAGCCAACGCCGGGAUGUUCGACGUCUGGUGGCAAUAAUCAGAGAAAAACUAAAGAAAAAGGAACACAAAAAGAAGAAGAACAACAACUACAUUGGUACAACUAUUUUAAAGAAAAAUUUGCGGCAGGUUGCGAAGAAUUCAAAACAAUCAAAGAAGGCGAAUACAUAGAUAAACUAAAGGAGAUGGACGCUGAGUAUACAGAAGCCAUUUUAGAAAGAGAUUCUGAAAUUGAAUUGUUGAAAGCAAAACUACUUCGGAAAAGAAAACGAGAGGCGACUGGAGAUGGAGAAACUUCCGACGCAAAGAAAACCCGAGAAACCUCGGAGUGCCCAUCGGUGCCAUCCAGCAACAACUCAUGUCUUCAUAAAUGA